UUUCUUUCCCUUUCUUUUCCUUCCCCUCGCCAGUAGUAACAAUUGUCCGUCGCGUUCCGCCUCAACCCCGCAUUCGGUCAUGGCUGUCGCCCUUCUUCUGCCUUGAGCAUCACAUAUCUUCCUUCGUACUUUCGAUCCCCCAGCUUUCGUAUCCAUCACACGCAACCCCAACUUCUACAAAAUGUCGUCGUCCGCUGCUUGCAUCUUCUGCAAAAUCAUCAAGGGUGAUAUCCCUUCCUUCAAGCUCUUCGAGAGCGACAAGGUCUUCGCCUUCCUUGAUAUCCAGCCUCUGAGCCGUGGACAUGCGCUCGUGAUCCCCAAAUUCCACGGUGCAAAGCUCACCGACAUCCCCGACGAAGAUCUGCACGAAAUCCUGCCCGUCGCGAAGAAAAUCGCCAAGAUCAGCGGCGCCGAGGACUUCAACAUCCUGCAGAACAACGGCCGCAUAGCGCACCAGGUUGUCGAUCAUGUUCACUUCCACAUGAUCCCCAAGCCUAACAAGGCCGAAGGUCUCGGUAUCGAGUGGCCGGCCCAGGAUACCGAUAUGGAUAAGCUGAAGGCUUUGUACGAGGAUCUUAAGUCGAAGAUGUAAUUGUAGGUAGUACGGAUUAAUGUCUAUAGUACCAUGACUUUGUGUACUCCGAAUUGAAAUUUGUGUGUAUGUGUG